AAGAUUUUAGAGAUAAACCCAUAUCAUCCAUUAAUCCUGGGAUUUUGGGAUAAAGUUGAAAAUGAUAAGGCUGACGAUGCAAUGAAAGAGAUGGUUGAAGUAUUGUAUAUAGCAACAUUAAUUCGUUCUGGAUAUAUGCUUGAAAAUACCCAAAAGUUCGCCUCACUAAUCGAGAAAGUUCUUCGACAUAAUUUGGGCGUGGAUCCCAACGCUGAAGCCGUGAUUGACAUCACUCCGCUUGCAGACGAUGAUAAGGUGAAGGAAAAGAAUUCGAAAGAUUUAUUUGAUGAACUAGAUGAUGAAUCGACAGAUCCAACAAAACCACAAUUUAAUGACGAGAAAAAUGAUAGUGAUGAUAAGAAGAAUGGAGAUGAUGAGAAAAAAGAAGAAACCAAACCAAAUAGAGAAGAACUUUAA